GGUCUUGAAUGGAAUUUCGAUCAUCGAAAAGGCGAUGUGUUUGUACGUUUCAUGGACGGUGCUCGUACCAAUGUCGCGUACAAUUGUUUGGAACGUAACAUUGCACGAGGAUAUGGCUCUCGAAUUGCAUACUUGUGGGAGGGCAAUGAGCCGUCUGAUAGCUCAUCGAUAACCUAUCAAGAGCUACUUGAUCGUGUUAUCACAUUUUCGGCCGUUCUUCGAUCUCAUGGUGUUCGCAAGGGCGAUGUGGUUGGAAUCUAUCUGCCGAUGAUUGUCGAGUUGCCGAUCGCGAUGUUGGCGUGUGCCCGCAUCGGUGCCGUUCACUCGGUUNUUGAAUGUGUCUCGUUCGAUGUUCAGACAAAGAAUCUUGAUGAAAUGGUGAUGAUUAGUGACUUGAAGUCG